GAGUUUCAAUCCGAAAGCCUCGCGGUUUGAUGUGCGGUGAUGAUGACGUUCAUGCUGGAAGCCAGCGGGUAAUUUUUUUUUUCGAGUGAGUCGGUAAAGCGCGACAAGUGAACCCAUUACAAGCUUGUUAAACACCAGCACUUGUCAAUCUUCUCUAAAGAACGUUGACAUCUGUAACUUUUUCCCUAAGCAGUAACUAAACAACAAUUUGCAAUUUAACAUGACAGCGGAUAGCCCACUUGCACGUCUUCGUCAAUUUGCAGCACAGCAUUUGCCUGAAGCGUUAGCUCCACGUGAACCCACCUUGAAAGAACGGGUUGAGAGCGUGGUAGAACAAGCCAAAGAUCAAACAGUUGAUACCUUAUUGGAUGCAGAACGAAUUGGAAGCCAGGACGUUAAAAACUUCAAACGCGCUGUCAAUAACAAGUUCAAUGAAUUGAAAGGCGACACUAACGGCCAAAGAAGUGUGAACAAUCUGCAAAGAGACGUCAAUGCUGCGAAACAGCACGCUCAACAUGCUGUAGAAGACGCUAAAAGACGCGCUGAGCGUGCCAAAAAUCUUCUUCAUCACGAGUAUGACGACUUGGAGGAGGAAGACUCGGUCCAUGAUGCAAAGGCCAAGGUUGCCGAGCAAGUCCAAGAUGUCAAAGAAAAGUUAGGAGAAUGGUGGACAAGCGCCAAGGGAUCCAUUGACACUGACGCGAUAAAGCGCAAGUUGGAAGAAAGACAAGAAGAAGAAAGAGAAGAGCUUUUCUUGGCCAAAGGCGCCGAGCAACAUGAUAUCGAAGAUUUCAACGCAAGAGCCUUGCGAAAUGAACAUGGAUUUGUGCAAGCUCCUCUUGUUCGACGAAGGAACUCGGCAACCCCUGAUUCCAGCAUGUCAUUGUAUGAACGAACGCAAAACUACUUGGACAGCAAUCUCGAACGUCGCACGAUUGGUGAAAAUGUUCAAUAUGCCCCACUAAGUGGUAUUUAUGGUGGUGUCUUCCUCAUCUACUUCCUUAUCCUAGGCUUCAGACUCUGGAACCAGCGACGCAAGACCGAUGUGUAUGUGGGCGAUGGUACUCUGGAGCGAUAUAGAGCAAGCAAAGAAGAAGCUAACGGAUCUAAAGUUGGACAUAGCCAUACCUUUGAAGCGCCUUCAGCCGAACAAUAUGAACAGGUAGCUCGCCUUGUCGACGCGUUCAACACGUUUACUACCACAGUACCAGUUGCGCUUUUGCUCAUUGGCAUCAUGGAGUUGAAUGGGUAUCCACGACAUCUCCUUCACUACAUACUCGGGUCGUUAGUCUUCGGCUCAGCCUUGGCCACUGAGUUUGGUGUACUUGCAAGUGAUGGCUCCGACUUGGCUGCCCAUGGACGACGCGAGGUUGGCCAGUUGGUCAUGUGGGGUGUCAUGGUGUUCACGGGAGUAAGCAUGGUCGCCAUAGUUUGGGCCAAAGCUUUCCAGUUAGAACAAUGGUUUCCCUAAAGGAAUUCUUCCUGUUUACAAAAUUUCCUUCACUUUUUCUUUUCUUUUCUCUUUUGCUCUCUCUCUUUAAUAUAUACAAUGUGUGAUUUUGCGUCAAUAUAUUACUUCCAGAAUCUUCCCCGUUAUCAUAUGUUUUUUUUCCAUUGGGGCGAUUCAAUCUGCGAUAGCGGUUCCCCC